GGGUAGGUGUUGUAUGACAACCGGUUUUAAAAUCGAUCCAGUCUGGUUGCAACCAAAUUGUCGGAAGUAUCCUAUAAAUACUGUGAUGCUGCAACGAGUUGUUAUCAGUUAGAAUUCAGUUUAUCUGAAAACAUUUUAAACUAGAAGCAAAAUGAAAUUCGCUAUUGUUGUCCUCGCUGUUGUAGCUGCUGCUUCAGCCAGUCCAGUUUUACCUCUGGUUAGCAGUUACAGUUCACUCGGGGUUGCUCCAGGCUUAACUUCUAUUGCUGCUACCCCAAUUGCUCCAGCGGUCGGUAUUGCUCCACUUGGUACCCUGAGCCCACUCUCGUCCGGUCUUGCACUUUCAACCCCCAUCAUUAAGAGUGGACUUAUCGGUGCUCCAGCUGUCGCUCCAUUGGGUCUUGGUCUCAACGCUUGGGGAUCACCUCUUGCUGUUGACUUAUGGAAGAAGAAACGCGCUCAAUAAAUUAUUUAUAAUCGUUGUUACUGGCCAUUUUGUGUGUGAAUAUAUU